AUGUCGUUAUCCACCAUGAAAGAAAAUGGCUACAUUGAGGUGGCCAAAGGUCGAGAGAGCUCUCCCUUCAAGAUAUACUAUGAACUCCAUGGCGAUGGGCCACAGCAUGUCGUCCUUAUCAUGGGAUUGAACUCUUCGUGCCUUGCUUGGGAAUUGCAAACAAAAUACUUGGCAGACACUGGAAAAUACACUGUGCUCAUCUUUGAGAACCGUGGUAUGGGUCUAUCAGAUGCGCCCAGUGGUCUUUAUAGUACUGCACAAAUGGCUCACGAUGUCAUUGACUUGUUGGAUCACCUUGGGUGGAAGGAAGGUGUUCAUUUAGACGGUGUGUCCAUGGGCGGCAUGAUCUCGCUGGAAUUAGUGUCUGCCUGGCCCGAACGAUUUGCUUCGGUCGUCCUCACCAGUACUACAUCAGGCAGGCAAGUGCCUCCAUUAAAGGCAAUUACGACAUUGGGUAGGCUGAUUUUUGUAAAGGACCCCAAGCAAAAGAUCGGCCGUGCCAUGGACAUUGUCUAUCCGCCAGACUGGUUAGCCGCAAAACCAACUUCAGAGGAUCCAGAAAUGAUCAAAUAUGAUACCAACAGAGACAUGGUUGUCUCCAUGGCAUUAGCCAGACUUGAUCGUAGCAGGCCACAAACAUUAGGCGGUAAUAUUGGCCAAUUGGCUGCUUGUCUCCGCCAUUAUGUGUCGGAUGAACGACUGUUGAAGAUUAAACAAUCGGGGAUUCCUGUGUUGGUAGUAACAGGCACAUGGGACAAUCUCGUCAAUCCUCGAAACUCGUUUCAUAUCAGCAAAGUGUUGGAUUGUCCUCUGGAGCAAUUUGAAGGCAGUGGCCACGGGAUACCUAGUGAACAACCUACCCGCUACAAUGAGCUGAUAGAUCAGCAUUUCUCUAAAGCCGCUGGUUUAGACUAA